AUGCCAGGGACCGAUAGACGCGACCCUGGCCGGGAACGUAUUGCUUCCCGACCUAACUCGGCUAAUGGCAUUGCCGAGAACAAUCAUGUAGACGAGACUACAGCCCUCUUGGGUUCUGACACUCGGGACCACUCGCCAUCGCCGGACGGCGACAGCACCGACGAAUAUGAUGAGGGAAAGCCUUUGCCAAAGGUCCAAAUCCUGCUCCUCUGCUACGCCCGAAUAAUAGAGCCAUUGGCCUUCUUCUCUAUCUUCCCAUAUGUCAACCAAAUGAUCCAAAGCAACGGAGGCAUUGCAGACACAGAUGUCGGCUUCUACAGCGGCCUUAUUGAGUCAUUAUUCUCCCUCACGCAAGCCAUUGUGAUGAUAUUCUGGGGCCAUGCAGCCGAUCGCUUCGGGCGCAAGCCAGUCCUAGUUUUCUCGUUAUUCGGUGUGACCUUCGCUACAGGGCUUUUCGGUAUGGCAAAGACUAUUCCCCAGAUGGCCCUGUUUAGGUGCCUCGCCGGUGUCUUCGCCGGCACCAUCGUCACUAUCCGCACCAUGAUCGCCGAGCACAGCACGCCAAAGACCCAAGCACAGGCUUUCAGCUGGUUUGCCUUCAGUGGAAACUUAGGUAUUUUCCUAGGGCCUCUGCUAGGUGGUUCCCUUGCUGAUCCGGUGCGUCAGUACCCGGGUAUUUUUGGAGCCGUCCGGUUCUUCCAAAAGUAUCCCUACGCGUUAUCGAGUCUUGUGGUGGCACUAGUGGGAGCAACCGCUGCUAUAUCUAGUGCCUGCUUUGUUAAAGAGACGUUAGAGAAAGACACUGAUGCCGCGGACGGUGACGAGGAGGAGGCAACCUCCGACGCGCCGGUCCACAGAGGCGACCUCUCUGCAUGGCAGCUUUUGAAAUCGCCAGGGGUGGGUAUGGUAAUUUACACCUAUGGCCACAUUAUGGUCCUCGCGUUUGCAUACACAGCCAUUAUUCCGGUCUUCUGGUUUACGCCCGCGAGCCUAGGAGGAUACGGCUUCACGCCACUGCAAAUCUCCCUUAUGAUGGGUCUGAGCGGCGCCGCACAAGCUGCAUGGCUCCUCCUAGUCUUCCCACCACUGCAGCGAAAGAUCGGGACAAACGGGGUGAUACGCCUCUGCGCCACAGCCUAUCCGUUCUUCUUCCUAUGCUGUCCAUUAGGCAAUGUCUUCCUCCGGAUAGGGACCGAGGUAUCUAUCAAGGCUUUCUGGAUCUUUGUGCCGGUGGUGUUGGUCAUCGGUUGCGGAGUCAGCAUGAGCUUUACAGCAAUCCAACUCGCUGUCAACGAUAGCGCACCCUCACCGAAAGUCUUGGGUACGCUGAACGCGCUGGCCCUGACUAGCGUCAGUGGUCUAAGGGCCUUCUGUCCGGCUCUCUUCACCACUCUCUUUGCGAUAGGCGCGAGGACCCAAGCCGUGGGCGGCUAUGCGAUCUGGGUUCUGAUGCUCCUACUUGCUGCUGGGUUCUCAGUGGUAGCGAGAUACCUACCAGAACCCCAGAGGAGCCGGAAGCGCCGAAAUGUCUAA